UUCCGGAUAUUUGUGAAUUUCGCCUCAUAAACGGAGGGACCCUGGCGUUGGUUAGUUUCUGCGGCAUCUUGCUGAAUGUCAUCGUCAUGUUUGUCAUAAUCGGACAAAAGGUUCACCUGAGUAACCAGAAAUAUUUCAUGUUCAAUCUGGCAAUUAGUGAUUGUCUCAUAGCGAUUGUUGGAAUGUUUAGAGGGCUUGGAAUCAUAGACCCUAGUUUUGUUGGGUUCGUGGGUGGAAACGAAAAUGGAUGGUGUUCAGCUUACCUCCUAUUCAUGAUGCUUGUAAGUUAUUCGAACUGUCCUUGCAUGGUAGCUCUGACAAUUGACCGUGUGGUGGCCAUUGUGCGACCCUUCAUGCACAGAACUCUUUUCACGAAGUGGGUUUGUAUAGGAAUCUGUGUAGCCGUGUGGUUACCUCAGGUCCUCUUUUACUGCUGGUUUAUGGUGACGAUGUUCACAAACGAGGAAACUGUAAGCAUGGAGUACUAUCCCAACUAUCAUCGGUGCCAGAAUUCCUACAAAAAUCCAUGGCUUCGAACAGCUAGAUUUGUUACUCUCGUGUGGCUACCUUUCUCACUCAUCAUACUCAUGUACUCCAUCAUCAUCUACAAAGUGAUAAGAUCUGGAAAGACUUCCAUACGUUUGCUGGCUAUAUCCUCUGUGAUCAUCGUUUCUGGGUUCAUUUGCUGGUUCCCUUCCAUCAUCUCCUCCAUCUUUUCCAUCCCGAUGAAUUACAAAGUGGCCCAAGUCUUGACUGUCUCUCUUUUCUACAUGAGUAGCUCUACAGACCCACUCGUGUACGUCCUACUCAUGCCUGCUGUCAAAGAUUACCUGUUUACAAGAUUUGUCAAAUGUGAGGAGCCGCCAGCCUCUUCGAGCAAUUCUUCUAUGAUUCGUAUAAGCACAGAUUCAAGAUCCUCCAGGCAGAUUUCCAGUAUUGCGUUCACGGCCAAGCUCGCAAAAGAGAAGAGAAUAGCUUUUCAAAACGACCACAGAUCCCGAUCUCAAGACAUUAUUGCUAAAAGUGGACCAACACCCUAAUGACCGGACGGCGGACCCUAGUGACU